AUGUCUGGACGCGGCAAACAAGGAGGGAAGGUUCGGGCUAAGGCAAAGACCCGCUCAUCCCGGGCAGGACUCCAGUUCCCCGUCGGUCGUGUGCACAGGCUUCUCCGCAAAGGGAACUACGCCGAGAGGGUGGGCGCCGGUGCUCCGGUCUACCUUGCCGCUGUGCUGGAGUAUUUAACUGCUGAGAUCCUGGAAUUGGCCGGUAACGCCGCCCGGGACAACAAGAAGACCCGCAUCAUCCCCCGUCACCUGCAGCUGGCCGUGCGCAAUGACGAGGAGCUGAACAAGCUGCUGGGUGGGGUGACCAUCGCCCAGGGAGGCGUCCUGCCCAAUAUCCAGGCCGUGCUGCUGCCCAAGAAGACCGAGAGCAGCAAAGCGGCCAAGAGCAAGUGAUCACCGCUUAUCCCAGAUCAUCCCGAACACCAAAGGCUCUUCUUAGAGCCACCACAUUGUCUCCUACAGAGCUGGCGCCGCUGAUCUCGGGUGUGAUAGGGAUCUGGGCUGUUAUAGGGACUAAACAGAACAUCCGGCACAUUUUAUCUAAUAUAGGACACCGUGCGGGUUGUGCAGAAUGUAGUUGGUAUGUGAGGGGGUAAUUCUCUUUUGUAACUACUACGCUUUAAGAUUGUUCUCACGAUGUAGUUUACGGAUCCUCCACAAUAGACAGGACCGCAGUGUAGAGAUGGCGCCCCCUAUACUGUAGCCUCCUGUGUAAUGGAAGCUCCUGAACACAUCGGAUCUCCAGCCGCAAUACACAGCGAGGCUUCCAUCCAGCCGAUCAGGGGUCAUCGCUUCUCCAUCGCUGGUUACAUAAAGAUCCCGGCACUCGCUGUAUACAGUGCCCGGGAAUAAUCGCCCCAGAGAUCAGCCAAUAAGCGCUCAGUAUCCGGCUAUAAAACUUAUUUUCCCGCUCAUUCUACAACUAUCGCUGUAGAAUGAGAAUAAUGAAUAAAUAAAAAUAUAAAUGACACAAAUAUAAUUAAGAAUAAAAUGAGGGAAGUUGUAGUAAACUAAAUAUUCUCAGCUGGGUCGCUCGGAGUACAAUAACAUUGAUCAUGAAACAUAAUAGUCAUCUCAGAGCCCUUUAGCUACUAGAAUUAUUGGUUAAAAUAGAUAGUAAUCACAUAAACAUUAAAUACUUAACCCAUUAUUGCACUAAUAAAACAGACAGCUCAGAAUUUCCUUCACUUCACCGAUCUGUUAUAAAAAGUAACAAUCCCGCUAGAU